AUGUCAGGCCGAUCAAGAGCCUCCUCACCUCCUUCCAUUCCCUGCUCCCCCUUCUCCGUGUCCCCGGCUGCUUCUCUGGCCUCUGGGUUUCCCUCGGAUGACCCCGACGGGCCCUUAUACUUGCCUCGCCAACUGAGGCCGCGAACGCCUACUCCCUCCCCGCCUCGCUUCCCAAUCCUACCUUCUCCACCCGAUUCCCUACGCGUCUUCCUCUACUUGCUUGCUUUUCGACUUUUAAAUGCCUUGACUACCCGCACCUUCUUCCAACCCGAUGAAUAUUUUCAGUCUUUGGAACCGGCCUGGCAGGCGGCCUUUGGCGAAAAUCACGGGGCUUGGAUCACCUGGGAGUGGCGGCACCAGUUGAGAUCCUCGCUUCACCCUCUCUUCUUUACCGCUGUUUAUUCCGCUGCCAACGGGCUCGCUCGUGCUUUGCACCUCUCCCCUGCAUGGCAGGCGGAUCUUCUCAUUGCCGCUCCGAAGACGGCGCAGGCCGUUAUCGCAGCCCUCGGAGACUACUAUACCUGGAAGCUGGCUCGCUGUGCCUAUGGUCUAGCCAGUGCGGAGGCCUCAGCUGCGCUGGCGCUGACCGCCCUUAGUCCUUGGCAAUGGUUUUGUUCUACCAGGACUUUGUCCAAUUGCCUUGAGACAACGCUCACUGUCAUCGCUCUAUAUCUGUGGCCGUGGGAAUGGUCGGUGGCUCCGAAAGCCCCCGUACAAGCCAAACCGACUAGCCGGGCAAUCACCACGCCCUGGGAUAAGAUGAGAGAGGGCCAACGGCAUCAGCAUGAUGAAGUGGUUCUCGGAAGGCUGAGACAGUGUCUCCCGCUUGCAGCCCUGGCCUGUAUUUUGCGGCCCACUAACAUCUUGGUUUGGCUGAUCCUAGCAAGCGUCGUAUUGCAUCGCAGCACCUGGGCGCGAAGAAAACUUUUAGCUCGCGAAGCUGCAAUUUGGGGCGCCGCCGUCCUAGCUGUAUCAAUCGUGGCAGAUCGACUGUUCUACGGAAUUUGGACCUUUCCUCCAUUCCGAUUCCUCUACUUCAAUAUUGCCCAGUCUCUGGCUGUUUUCUACGGGCGCAACGAUUGGCAUUACUACCUCUCCCAGGGCUAUCCUCUGUUGCUGACAACUGCGCUCCCGUUCACCUUUGUGGGCCUGUAUCGUGUUUGGACACGCUCGCAGGCAGCCGCUAGCAAUGACCUGCAAGUUGAAACGCAGACUCAACUGCAAACUCAACUGACUUACGUGUGCCUUUCCAUGCCGCUUGUGCUCUCAUUGAUUUCCCACAAGGAAGUGCGGUUCAUCUAUCCAUUGCUGCCCGCGGUGCAUGUCUUGACCUCUCCAGUUUUGGUGGACUUCUUUGGCCCUGCCGUGACUCAGUCGGUUGGCAGGCACAUUCCUCGCCGACUUCUUUUGGUGUUUCUUGUGCUGUGCAACGUUGUCAUUGGGCUCUACACCACAUUCUAUCAUGCGUCUGGGCCGAAUGCUGUGUUUUCAUACUUGAGAGACCAACGGCGAGUCCAUGGUUCCAAGAACCUGAGUAACAUCAGUGAGCCCGGCAUUAUUGCCGGUUUCCUCAUGCCAUGCCACAGCACCCCGUGGCGUUCUCAUAUGGUUUAUCCCUCCAUCGAGGCCUGGGCGCUUUCUUGCGAGCCUCCCAUUGGAAUGAAUGCUACCGAAAAGGCGGAGUAUCGUGACGAAGCCGAUCAGUUCUAUGACGAUCCCUCUGGAUUCCUGCGUGCCAACAUGGCCGGCGGAUUGAGCUACUUUCCCCGGCGACCAAGCUACGAGUCCCACUUGGAACGGUCCCGAUCAUCUCUACGAUCCGAGGCUACCCUCAAGCACAACUGGCCGGACUACCUCAUCUUCUUCGCCCAGAUGGAACCCACGCUCAAGAAACUGCUCCGUGGUUCUUCAUACGGCGAAUGCUGGCGCACUCACAAUACCGAUUGGCACGACGACUGGCGUCGUCAGGGCGAUAUCGUGGUCUGGUGUCUAGACACAACCGAACAGCUGGACUGGAGGACCGCGAAACGCUCCCGCCAACUCCAACAGCACGAUCAUGUCUUCAACCGCAUCGUCCAGGCCAUCAAGAAUCAGGGCCAGGGCGGCAGACUCCAGUGGUCGUUCCCAUGGAUCUCCUCGCGUCCCCAGUCCUCGCCCUGGUCAUGGCUGUGGCCGUGGUACCGGCGGCCCAAGCAUACCGUGCUUGGAUUUGAGGUUCCGGACUGGCUGGAUCUCCUCUGGGAUUAUGUCUGGUAA